AUGUGUAGGUCACCAAGACAUCCGGUCCCAUCUUCGAAUUCUUGGUCAUGGGUGAGUAUCAUCGUUCAUUCAAUUUUCACGGUUCUUAUAUUUACAUUAGCUCUCGCCGUUUAUAGUGCGUUUGUUCAGAGCAAAAUCGAGGCGAAGAAAAAAGAAAUAAAAACAAGGAAAGCAAUUGAAGCGCAGAUAGCACUCGAGGCACAGAAAGCACUCGAGACACAGAAAGCACUCGGCGAACGGAAAUUAGCGAUCGAGGAGCUGAAAAUCAAGGAACGGAACACAAUCCAGGCAUGGAGAGUAGAGACACGAAAAGCAAUCAAGGCACAGAAAGCAAUUGAAACUCAGAAGACAAUCGAGGCUCAAAAGGCAACAGAGGUGCGGAAAGCAAUCGAUGCUCAAAAGGCAAUCGAGACUCAGAAGGCAAUUGAAAUCCAGGAGGCAAUUGAAACUCAGAAGGCAAUAGUGGCUCAAAGGGCAAUCGAGGCUCGAAGGGCAAUCGAGGCUCAAAGGGCAACAGAGGUGCGGAAAGCAAUCGAGGCUCAAAAGGCAAUCAAGACUCAGAAGGCAAUUAAAACUCAGAAGGCAAUUGAAACUCAGAAGGCAAUAGUGGCUCAAAGGGCAAUCGAGGCUCAAAAGGCAAUCGAGGCUCAAAGGGUAAUCGAGGCCCAGAAGGCAACAGAGGCUCGAAAGGCAAUAGAGGCACAGAAAGCAAUCGAGACGCUGAGUCAAAAAUAUCUUGAUCAGUAUACAAGACUUUGCCCAAACCCAAAGUGCAGAGUCAGGAUUCAAAAAGACGGCGGUUGUGAAUCGAUGCAUUGUGUCAAAUUGCAAAGUGGCUUUUAG